CAAGCAAGAUUUUGCAGCUGAUAAGAAGGCAAAGCAACACCCUGCUAUGAGUCACAGAAAUGACCUGUUACAGAGAGGGUUUGCCUUUGUCUUCCAGGAAGUUAUUUCAACUUUCCAGUCUAGCCUGCAGCCCUAGAAUUAAGCCAGGUCAACACUUUCUAGCUCCUAAGAUCAUCCAAGAGCAAGCAUGGAGGAAAUAAGGACAUGAGGAGAACGAUCCAGGCAUAAAUUGCCCCAAAUGCUGUAAGCCCAAGAAGGAUCUCCCAUUGGUGCCACUAGGUUUUCGUGUGUGUAUAGGAAUCAUCUAAAUGAUGACGGCUAUUCUAGAACGGAUCAGCACCUUGUCCAUCAGUGGACAACAACUCCGUCGGCUUCCUCAGCUCCUAGAAGAAGGCUUCCCCAAAAUGCCUUGCACUGUUAAAGAAUCUGAUGUCCCCCAACUUUUCAGAGAGCCAUAUAUCCAAGCUGGCUAUCGCCCCACAGGUCAGCAUUGGCGCUAUUAUUUCCUCAGCCUCUUCCAAAAACAUAAUGAGGUCGUUAAUGUCUGGACUCACCUUCUGGCUGCUUUGGCAGUGCUGCUGAGGUUUAAUGUUUUUGCUGAAGCAGAGGAGUUGUCUCUGGAGGUCCGCUCCUUACCUCUCUUCAUCUUCGUCCUUUCCUCCGUUACAUAUCUAACAUGCAGCCUCUUAGCUCAUCUCUUGCAGUCCAAGUCAGAGAUGUCACACUAUACUUUCUAUUUUGUGGAUUAUGUUGGAGUCAGCAUCUACCAGUAUGGAAGUGCCCUGGCCCAUUUCUAUUACAGCUCCGACCAAGCCUGGUAUGACAAGUUUCGGCUUUUCUUCUUGCCAGCAGCUGCUUUCUGUGGAUGGCUCUCAUGUGCUGGCUGCUGCUACGCCAAGUACCGCUACCGGCGUCCCUACCCCAUCAUGAGGAAAGUGUGUCAGGUGAUCCCAGCGGGGUUGGCGUUCAUCUUGGACAUCAGUCCCGUGGCCCACCGUGUGAUUAUGUGCCAUCUUGAAGGCUGUGAGGAGUUGGCUGCUUGGUACCACACCUUCCAGAUACUUUUCUUCCUAGUCAGUGCUUGCUUCUUCUCCUGUCCAGUUCCUGAAAAAUAUUUCCCUGGGUCCUGUGAUAUUAUUGGUCAUGCCCACCAAAUUUUCCACACCUUCCUUGCUAUUUGUACACUCUCACAAUUGGAAGCCAUCUUCUUGGAUUACAAGAACAGACAAGAUAUCUUACUCAAGCGACAUGGAUCCCUCUCCAUCAUCCUGUCUUGUGGCUCCUUUUUUGGCUUAGUUGCUUGCAGUGCUGUCACUGCACAUGUAUUGCAGCGCAAGAUCAAGGAGGAACUGGCCAUGAAGGCGUCCUGAGAGCCCGUCACAGAAACAGGGUUCAGUCCUGAUGUGCUUGAAGAAAAGUAGGAAGAGGGAAGUUUACUCAAGUACUGUAUAUAAGUAAAUUAACCAAGUGGUUUUCCUCUUUAAAUUAUAACCAAGGAAUUGAUUAUAGGCUGGCACUAAUUUAUUAAAUCUGCCUUGUGCCCUAAAUAUUUUUACUAAGUGUACCUAUUGCUGGGCAAAGGGCAUUUAGAAUACCUAACUGAAGAGUUUUAAAGGCAGAUUUUUCUAAAUGUUCUUACUUAUUUGCAGAAAUUUGUAUUAUGUGAAAGAGGAUACUAACGACUAACUAGAAGGGUAGAGGAUUAGCAUAGACUUGCACAUUUGUAAAGCUCUUAUCUCAUUGAGAAAUUGGAAGUGUGUCUGGGUUAUACUACUUCAGAAUGUAGGCUGGGAUGGACUCACAUGAAGAUAGGAAAAGAUCCCUGCAUAGGGAAAACUCAAACGUUGGGACAAAGUCCCUGUUAUCCUAGUUUAUGUGCAGGGAUUUUGUUUCACGUUAAAUCAUAAGACUCUUCACUUGCAAUAUGAAAUGGUACAGACUAGUCAUAGGUUUAUGACCUCAGGGAUGACUACAGCAAAGAUUAUGAUGAGGGUUGACAUAGUGAUGAUCAUCUCAUUUGGUAUGUUUAAUUUUAGCUGUGGCCUUGGUAUCACUGGCAUCUAUACAGCUCCAAUAGUGCUGAGUCUUCCCCUGAGUUGUAAGCUUCAGAAAUGUUAUGGUGGUAGAAAUAGCAGUCAUAACUUGGUGACUAUAAUCUGUUUAUCACUCAAGCCUGGUUUAGCUGAAGCAGAAAAGUGUAGAACUCUCAAAGGUAGCAGCAGUUACUAGCCUCUCCCCUCUGUGAGUUGUCCUGUGAUGUCAGUGAAGAGCUAGUCAUCUGCAAUCCCAGGGCAAGUAGUCCUCCCAUUCUCUCUGUAUACAUGCAAAGGUUUCUGCAGUACAAACAGUUGCUCUACUUGUGGAUGACUAUCUCUUCACUGAGGCUAGUGGUGACCAAACAGAGCAGGAGAUGCUUGUUCCUUUUAAUGUGGUGUUCUGCACUUUCUCAGUGAAUGCACAACUUGUUUUCAGAAGAGAGCAAGCCUCCUUAGAUCUUAGUGCUUCAGUUUCCUUCAAGUAAGAUGUGCUGUAAGAGUAUCUCCAAACCCGGACAGUUGCUUUGAAUGCUGGGUAUCUGACCUGUCCUCCUUGCCCUGCCCUGCUCCUAACAUUUCAUUCCCCCCCCCCCAAAUCACAUUCCAGAUUAUUUGCAUCUCUCCUGUUCUAGAGGUGGUUCAGAUAGGACUGCAGCUUCCCUUCGUGCCUCCUGAAGAAUUUUGGGAUAUCAAAAUGAGGAGGAAGAGUAUAAAUAUCAAUGGAAUAAAAUAAAACUUCAGGAAAAUCAAUCAGGAUUUCUCUGGAAAGAAAUUGAGGGCUGCUGGUUGACCUGCUAAGCAAACUAUUUUCAAGGCUUGGUAUACCACUCAAAGGCACUAUUUGAUCAUUUUAACACUGAUUAGCACUUAGGGCUAUAAAUAUAUCUAUUGUUUUUCAUAUUUGUUGCCCAUAAGGCCUCUUUUCUUCCUAAUUCAUUUCUGCAUGCCUUCACUCAUACUUUUGUCCAAAUGUUAGUUUUCUUGGUCUCUUCUUGAUUUUAGGUAUCAUCAAGUCACUCAAGCAAAGCUAUUCAGGAUUAUUACAAGCUGAAUGCUGUUCUAAUAACUAAGAUAAGGGUACAGUAUUUCUUCCCUGUUUGAACACUAAGCCAAAUAUGUGGAGGAUGGUUGGUUUGAUUGUCAAAAGUAUUACAUGGACAAGUACCAUACAAUUGUACCAACAACACAUUCUGCUAACCCCACCAUUUUAUUUGUGCCUUUCAUCAGUAGGAGCCCAGUCUGGGUUGUGCUUUGGGUCUAGUGUGGCUUUGAACUUCUGAAUGAUUACUUCCUCUCUUCCAAACACAAACAACAUACACAAACUUCAGCUCUUAGAUGUUUUAUUUAUUUAAUGUUUCCUGUGAAAUUUUAUUUUCACAUAGCAGACUAGCAUUUAAUUGAAUGGCGUGUGCCAAACUUCAUUUCUGAUGGUGCUGGCUUACUAUAAUUGGGAAUCUUUUUGCAUAUGUUCACAUUCAUAACAAUGGGUAACCCCAUUUGCAGUCUGGAAAUGGUACAUUUAGAAUUCUAAUUAUAGUUUCCCAUCUUGUUCUCCUUAAUAUGCAGUAGACCAGUGUCUGAGCUGUCCAAAUUUAAUGUCUACUCAUAAAUUUUGGUGAAAGUGUUUGACAUAUAGGUAAAAAGACAUUCAAUCCAAAUGCAGUCCAAGCUGGUUCCAACAAGAAUCAUUAAUAAUUUUUUUUGGGGGGGGGGAGGAAUUGGAAAUGAGGUCUGUCACAAGAAAUUUAAAUCAUUUUCUGCCAACAUCAACACUGAAAAACUUGUUUUAGGAAUAUAUAAACUAUAGGAAGAAAAGAGGUAAGUCCAUCAUUUAAAUCUGAUGGACUGUAUGAAAAUUCUCAGUGAUUUUAUAUCACCACCUAGUGGCAUAAUAAACUAAGGUUUUCUAAUAGCUGGAAUAGCUUUAAUUACAUUGUUACUCAGCAGAGAUACUUUUCAUUAAGAUGUUCCUAACUAAAUAAGUAAAUAGACUGUGGUUACUUUCCAUAGAAAGUACUGUACAUUAUUCUUAUUGUGGACUAAGUGGCAUUAUUUCCUGCCCAGUUUUCUGUGACUUCAUAUGCGAUAUCCGUGUUUCACAGCAUUUCUCACUGAACAAGUAUUUUAUGUUUGUUACAUGGUUGCUUACAAGAUGACAUUAAAAGUGUUAACAUAGUCCAACUGAACACAUUGAAAAAUGUAUACUUGGCAUUAGUCAAACUGCAGGAAUCUCUCAAAUACAGUCAGGUCCAGAAAUAUUGGGACAUCGACACAAUUCUAACAUCUUU